GGAGAGUUGUCAAUCGCUCAGAUUUCUCCUUAUAAGGGGGGCCCCCAGCCCGGUGCGCGCUCGGUCCGGCGAGAUAAGACGGUCGAGAUGAGCGAGGUCUGCGUGAGGAAUCUGGCCUUCAAGGCCGGGCAGACGAUGAAGGUGAAAGCCGCCAUCAACUCGGAUGCCAGCUGCUUCUCGAUCAACAUCGGGCACUCGGAGAACGACCUGGCCCUGCACUUCAACCCCCGCUUCAAUGCCCACGGAGACUCCAACACCAUCGUGUGCAACUCCCGGCAGGGCGGGGCCUGGGGCUCGGAGCAGCGGGAGUCCGUCUUCCCCUUCCAGGCGGGAGAAACGUUCAAGGUGUACAUCACGCACAACAAAGACUCCUUCCAGGUGAAGCUGCCCGACGGCAACGUGGUGACCUUCCCCAAUCGCCAUGGAGACGACAUGUACAAUUACUUCCACAUGGACGGCAACGCCAAGUUCGUCUCUAUCAAGGUCGACUAGGGCACCCUGUCGGGGGGCGGGGCCAACACGUGGAGGGGGCGGGGCCCCAUGAUUCCAGAUGCUGAUUGGUUGAUCUGGAGCCCAGCCAGAUGUUGGUCACGAUCUUUUGUACUAUUGGUUCACUUCAAGGCUGCAACCCCUUCAACACACACACACACACACACACACACACACACAGCUUGCGUUAUCUUACACCUGGAAACAAGGAAAAAUACUGAUUGUUUCCUCAACAGCUGCAGUUUAUUACUUUUAGCGUUUUAUGGAGAUGUAGGAAUGUGUUGGGAAAUGUGAUACCACCAGAGAGGAAAACCAGGCAGGCGUGUAGAUUUACCACUGUAAACUUGUACAAGACGCAUAGCUCUGCUAACUCCUCUACUGUGCAGAAAUGAAUCCAGGCGUGUGAACCUCUUUUCUCAAUAAAGGAGUGAUGGGGUGCUCCAA